AUGAAUUUUGUUUUUUUUAUAUUUUUAAAAUUUUUUAUUACAAUAAAUGCUUUUAAAUAUUAUAAAUACAAGAAAAAUGAAAAUAAAAAUUAUUUUUUAUUUUUAAAUAGAUGUAGUAAAAUAUAUAAACCUAAAAAUAUAUAUAAAAUAAUUUUAUUUAAAAAACCCUAUUUUCAAAAUAAUAAAAAUAACUUCAAAUUAUACAUUCACACCUUGGAUAAAGGAGAAGAUAAUAAUUUCUUGUCCAUUAAUAAUUUCAACAAAAAAGAAAAAACAAAAAAAAGAAAAUCAUUUAAGGAUAUAUCAUAUAAUAGUGAUUCUGUAAAAGAUGUAUUAAAAAAAACAAAAAAAUUUUGUAAUUAUCUAACUAAUAAAUUAGGUAGAUUAAAUAAAAAAUUAAGAGAAAUAAAAAAAUUAGAAACUGUUUUUUAUGCGAGUCCAAAUAUCUUAACAGAAAGUCAAAAAGUUAAAAUAAGUAAAAAGAAACAAAUAAAAAAUGAAAUAGUUUUAAUUAAUAGAUAUAGAAAAAAAUAUAUAUCAUAUAAAAGGAAUUUAAUGAAAAAUAAAGAUGAUUUAUCACCAUUUUUUUAUUCAAAAAAAAAAUUAAAAAAGAAAAAGGAAUUUUGUACACCUGAAGAAUUUAGAGAAAUUUUGAAAUCAAAUGAUUAUAAAGCAACUAUACAAAGAAUAAAAAGAAUAGAUAUACAAAAAAUACCAAAAAAUAUAACUGACUUUUUAGUAUUUAAUAAAUAUGGAUCAAGAGAAGAAAUUAAAAUUUUAUUUGGUCUAAAAGCUAUAAAAAUAAAUGGAAAUACAAUUGAUGAUGAAAAUUAUAUAUUGAAUCUAAAAGAAGACAAAGUAAAAGUCUUUGAUCAAGACGUUAAUAUACAUGAGGAUCAUUACGCUAUUAGAAAAAGAUUUACAAAAGAUCAAAAAAGAAUUUUAAAUGAAAAAAAAGAAGAAAAUAUAUCAGAUAUUAAAAAAGAUAUUAAAGAAUUAGAAAAAUUUUUUAAAAUUAAAAACACGUAA